AUGACUACUGAUCUUUCUACCGAAUCAUCACCAGCCGAAGGGUCUCAGACCGCUGUCAAAGGUUCCGAGAGGCAGAACCGAGAGCCGAAGCUUCCACGGCCGGUCAAGGCGAAGGCACCGCCCAAACCUAAGCCCGAGCCCAUUCCAUACCGACCCACCUCGAAUCCGGGGGAGGACGAGCAGACAGCGGUGCAUGAGGUGUACGAGGCGAUUGCACCGCACUUCUCGCAGACUAGACAUAAGAAGCCGUGGCCGCUCAUCUCGACUUUCCUCCACUCACUACCGCCCAAUUCGGUCGGUCUCGACUCGGGAGGCGGGAAUGGGAAAUAUGUGCCCACUGCCCGAGAAGCGGGGGUCGGUCUGGUCGUGAUGGAUAGAAGUCUGGGGCUGCUGGGAGACGCAAGGAGACAGCCUGGUUUCGGGCUGGGGAAGGGGAAGGGGAAGGGGAAGGGGAGGGAAGUUGAGGGGGAUGUGGCAGCGUAUGAGGUAGCUGGGUCUGAUGGUUCUGGGGAGUGCGUCAGGGGAGAUCUGACCUGCGAGGGAUGGAGGCGAGGGGUCUUUGACUUUGCCAUCUCCAUUGCGGCCAUACAUCACCUUUCUACUCCCCUCCGACGGCGUCGCGCAGUCCAAGUCUUACUCCAGCCCCUGGUUCACGCCCCCAAACCCCCCUACGCCCGGUUCAUGAUCUACGUCUGGGCAUACGAGCAGAGCUCAGGCUCCAAACGGCGGAUGGGCGCUACAACUGGUCCUCCUGUUCCUCUUACUGCAGAAACAGCAGCUCGCGAGUCAGCCGGUACCGGCGAGCAGGAGCCUGCGAAAGUCCAGGACGUCCUCGUCCCGUGGGUGCUGCAACCACCGAAAGCCCCAAGAACGCCAAGUACAGGCGAGUCAUCGGGAGCCGCCCAGUCGGAUGAGCCAGUACAAGUGCCGGCACCGGAGCCGCAGGUGCUGCAUCGGUAUUAUCACCUGUUCGUCCAGGGGGAGCUGCGGGACCUGGUCGUGUCUGCGGCGAAGGAGGACGGGUAUCGCGUGUUAGGGUCGACGGAGGGAGAGUCAGGAGAAACCGAGGAUGAGUCGGCCAGUGAACCGCUCAGUAGCGAUACUAGGUGGAUCAAGAUACGAGGAGUAGGAUGGGAAGCGGAUAAUUGGUGGAUAGAGGGGGAGGUGGGGAUUAGACCAGUUUCCCUACCUCCUGUAUGA